AUGUCUAGCGAAGAGAAUGCGAUAAUUGCUAUUGCUCUUGCCUUGUCACUUGAUGAAAAAAAAAACCAAAAAAGCAUCGAUUACAGUAUUUCUUCUGGGACAUCUUCAUCAUUUACUAGUGAAAAAUCUAGAUGUUUAGAUUCUCCUUUAGAUUUCAUAAGUCCUAGUUCUUCAAAAGGUUGUCAAACUCUGAAAGCUUGGUCUGAAAAAACACCCAGAAAAGUUUUGUUAAGGCACCAAUUGAAGAUCGAGAAAGAAGCUCGCCUGAAAGCUGAAAAAACCAUUUUGGCCUUGAGCAAUCAGUUGGCUGAAUUCAAUACUGUUGACAACUUUCUCUCCCUAUGUGAACAACAUUUGUCACCCAGUGUACUAACCAUUGUCAAAUCACAUAUGGUAUGCAAGACAAGAAACCCUCAUGGAUACAGGUACACAAAUGAUAUGAAACAAUUAGCAUUAACAAUUUACUUCUUGGGCCCAUCUGUGUAUAGAUUAUUAAAAAGUACACUAAGUCUACCUUCAGUUCGGACUUUAAGAAGAGUUAAUUCAAUCUUGAUUGAAUUAAAAGAAUUAAACAAAUCUUGA